AUGGAUGAGUUUGUCAAUUGGGACCAGGCCGAUCCGGCCCCUGUUCCCGGCCUGGACAUGUCAUCGCCAUCUCUGAUGCCCAACCCGGACCAACAACAGCUUGACGACCUGGACCUCGCCCUUGCCAACGUUGCGGGUGACGACUUUUCGUUCUGGGCCUUGCAGCACUUUGAGAACAACAUCUCGCCAACCAUGCCUGCGGCCGAGGAGAUCCCCAUGCCCACCGACCGAUCCACCCGCACCUUUGAGGACCACCUCGAGCACGUCGAGGCGCCGUGUCAGAACUGUCAGCUGGGCGGCUACCAGUGCAAACGUAUCCCCGAGGGUCAGUACAAGGGCUAUUGCACCAGCUGUGUCGCUCUGCGCUGUGCCUGCAGUUUCGGUUUGACGGGCGUCGCUUUCCCUUCCAACCCUUGGCCCGUAAUGGGUGACCACCCGGAGCUGCUCCAGGAGGAGAAGCAUGCGGAGCCGCACCAUCAUCAGUCCGGCUCCGGCGCUGGUCUUGCUGGCCGGGCUUCGUCCACCGGCGAAGGCCCCAAGGGCAAGUCUGGUGCGCGCUUCUCGCGGGAGUCGGUCAAGAUCCUGAAGAACUGGCUGUCCACGCACAGCAAACACCCGUACCCCAACGAUGAGGAGAAGGAGAUGUUGCAGAACCAAACGGGGCUCAACAAAACACAGAUCACCAACUGGCUGGCCAACACGCGGCGGCGGAACAAGAACGCCGUCGCGCAGCGGUCGACCUCGCCUGGCGUCCGCAACUGGGCGAACCCCAUCGACAUCCCCCAGCGGCGCAGGAGCCCGCUCGAGCACAUGAACCCGCUGCAGCGUUGGCAGCACUCGCCGCCGGAGAACGAACCCGCGUCCGUGACAGCCAUUGCCCGCGCGGUCGACUCAGCCCCCAGCAUCUCUUCGGGGCUCAACAGCCCGUACAGCGCGCACUUCACCGACGACGGUUCCGGCCGCUCACUGUGCGACUCGAAUAUCAGCAGUGCCAACACGUCCAACUCGAGCACGUCGGCCUACUCUCACGGUUCGCGCGGCUCCUUCGGAUCGGCCGGCAGUUCCAUCCCCCGCGGCCGCCGGCGCAGGCGGAGAAAGGUGCCAGCCACGGCCGCGGCCGUCGGAGGGCCUUCGCGCGGCGCACACACCGGCCCGGCCAAGACAUUCCAGUGCACGUUCUGUACCGAGACCUUUCGAACUAAGCAUGACUGGCAGCGGCACGAGAAGUCGCUGCACUUGUCGCUCGAGCGGUGGGUGUGCUCACCCAACGGCGCCCAGGUGUUCAACCCGGAGACCGGGCAGAUGGCGUGCGUGUUCUGCGGCCACGCGAACCCGGACGAGGCGCACGCCGACAGCCACAACCAUUCGGUCUGCCAGGAGCGCACGAUUGGAGAGCGCACCUUCUACCGGAAGGACCACCUGCGCCAGCACCUGAAGCUGGUGCACGGGACGAACUUUAUCAGCUGGAGCAUGGAGCAGUGGAAGGCGACGACGCCCGAGAUUCGGUCGCGCUGUGGUUUCUGCGGUACCGUGAUGGAUACCUGGUCGAUCCGAGUCGAUCAUCUGGCACAGCACUUCAAGGAUGGUAAAUCCAUGGCGGAUUGGAAGGGUGACUGGGGUUUCGAUAUUCCCGUCCUCAACAUGGUCGAGAAUUCUAUUCCUCCCUACCUUAUUCACGACGAAAGAAACUCGCCCAACCCCUACGAAGCAUCCCAACCGUCAGCGGCGUCCGCGCGUCAUGCGUUUGAGCUAAUCAAGUCAGAAUUGUCGUUCUACGUGGAUGAUUGGCGCGAGAAGGAGGGCGUGCCCCCCUCUGAUGAGGUAAUGCAGCGCGCGGCGUGUACCCUGAUUUACGACUGCGAAGAGGUGUCCGAAGCAACGAACAACUCCAAGGUCUCAUGGCUGCGGGACCUAAUCUUCUCCUCGGAGCGCCUAGCCCAGGAAGCACGGUGGUCGCGCGCCAAGACCCUCGACUGCUGGCAGCAGCUACGGAUCAACGGCAAGAGCAACAUCUUCGAGUCCGACCCGAUGGAAGCGGAGUUGCAACAGUUCGUGAAAGCCCGCCGGCUGCUAGGCUUGACCGCCAUGGACAGCGAGCUCCAGACCGAGGCGUGCCGUAUCCUCCGGCGCAUGGAGACCAGCGCUCCCAGUUCGUCGGAGCACGUCGUGCAGUUUCUGCUGCGCCUGAUCAACGCCUCGCCCGCGUGGCUGGCCGACUUCCGGCAGCGUGCGCACCUACCACGGUCGGAAGACCUGGCUGACGAGGGGAAGCGGUCCAAGGACCCGAUGACGAUCGACUCGACCAUUCACAACCCGAGCCGCCUCGAAUAUGAACUAGCCGAGUAUAUUCGUGUGCAGCGGGCGAUGGGAACCGAGCCGACGGAUGCGGAUCUGCAGAAACAUGCCCGGAUGAUCAUCUUCGAGUACGAGGACGAGUGGAAUCAGACUCAGGCCGAUGACCCGGCUUGGCUUGCGGCUUUCCGACAACGGCACGCAACUUCGUCGACGGGGUCUUCCGCUGGGGCGAUGAUGAUGACGAGCGCUGCUACUACGCAACCUUCCACCACCACAUCAUCGGCGGCCAACUAUUGGUGCCAGUCUGUGUCGACGUUCAACCGUGACUCGUCGUCGAACACCGGCAAGCCGGGCACAUUCUACCUCAACGAUGCCAACUGCUACCAGCGCCUGGCGCGCGAGCUCAAGAAAUGGGUCACGUCAACCAUGUCGCCAAAUAACCCCAACUGCCACGUGCCGACGGACGAGGAGCUGCAGCACCAGGCGCGGUGGAUUGUCUAUGAGGAUGACGACCCGUGGAAUCAAACAGCCGCCGACAACUGCGAGUGGCUGCGCCGCUUCAAGCGCGACGUCGCCAUCGUCACCGAUGCCGCACUCCCCGGCCUGCCGCUGACCCUCGGCUGGAACAUCGCCCAGGGCGGCUCUGGCUUCUCACCACCCUACGUCUUCCCCAACCCCAUCAUGGCCAACUCCCUCGCAGGAUCGCUCCCCAGCGCGUCUAGCUUCCCCAACAACAACACCACCCCGGCAACAACCACAACAACCCCGAUCACCCUCAGCACCCCGCCCCAAACCACCGCUACGCCCGCAAACGUGAUCAAUGUCACCCUGCGCGAGGGCGCCAAGCCCAUCCUGACAGCUGGUUCCACAGCCAACCGCUUCAUGCGCGGCCUGGCGGACGCGCGCCGGCACGAUCCGCCAGCAAGCGUGUUUUGCUCGCGCGAGUUGGAGAGGGAUCUGGCCGGGUUUGUGAUGGGCCGGGUGAGGGCUGCUGUGGCUGGUGGUGAGAAUAACCAAACUAGUGGAAGUCCGAGUGGGAGUGGCAAUAAUGGGGAAAUCAUCCCCGGUUUCCCAACCGACGACGAACUCCGCGCCAGAGCAAGGAUCCUCCUUCAUGGGAGCGACGCCGCGGACACCAAGGAUAACGAGUCGCUGCAGCACUGGACACCAGCCGACGACGAAGUCUUGCUCGCCCGAUUCCGCGAGAUGAUGAAGACACGUCUGGGAUUGCAUCCACUGCUAACGGUUGUCCCCACAACAACAGCCGCAACAUCAUCAGCGUCGACUUGCCCGUUUAACACCACCACUGGCAUCAUGAACAGCGGCGCGGGCGGGCUAGAUCCGGGCUUCGCGUCGUCGUCCUCAGCAGCAGCGGGUGUCAUGGAUUUCUCAGCCGGCGCGAUCGAUGAUCUAGCUGCGGCGGAUGCGCUACAGCAGAUGGAAUUGGAUUUUGCGGAUUUGAGUGAGUAUAUGGAUGUCGCGACCGGGGGGAUGCCGAUGGAUAAGAUUUAA